AUGGACUUGUAUGAAAUAGUAAUAGUUAGUGUUAUUAAUUUUAGACCAUCCUAUAAAUAUAGAGCUUUUACUUGUUUGGUGAUUAAAUAAAAUCAAAUUCUGCUUUAUGGAUACAACUUUCAGAAAAAUGCUAUGAAUUGAAAUUAUAUAAAAUUAUGAUAAAAAUAAUAUCAAUUCUCUUCAAAUUAUAAUUUCAAACAAUAAAUGUUGCUAGACUCUUUAAAAUCAUUUAAUUUGCGAUACAGCUAUAACAACAGUAGGAAAAUAUGGAAUUUCAAGAAUACAACAAGGAUGAUGACUAGACGGAAGGGUUGACUUUUGAAGAAAUAUUAGAUUAGGAGAAACUAAAUCAACUUAAUGAAAUUAAAUUUGAAAUUUUUUAGAUCUUUAUUUUUCUGUCCAAAUUCCAUCCUUUUAAAGUAUUUAUUAAAUCAGAUGAUGGAAUUAAAAAAAUUAAAGCCAACUUUCCAAAAAUUAAACAAUAAGAGUAGUGA